UUUCAAUAUCUGAAAUAUAACAACAACAACAACAAAAGUUGCUUUCGGUUUUAAAGGAAGCGCGGAAGUGCGCAUGCUCAUAAUCCAUUGUUGACAUGUUUAAACGAGAGAUGUUAGCAAUAUCGUAGACAUUUGUAAAUAUAGGGUAGCGAGAUGAACCUGAGUUUCCCGGGAACUGGGGGCCCGCUAGGUCGCCCGCCCAUGUCGCCCGGUGCCCAGCAGGUGCCCAAGCUGGUACAGGAGACGGAGCUGCAGAAGCUGCUGGCAGACGAGAAGAUGAGGAGCCAGAUGCACAAGACUAACUACGAGAAACUCAAGGACGAACACAAGAAGUUGCAAGAUGAGUACAACAGCCUGGAGGAGGAGAUCCGACGCACGAUAGAAGAGAGCAAGAUAGUGCAGGAGAAGUACCGCACAAUGUAUGAGGACAGCAGGCGAGACAUAGUGGAGAGACAACAACAACUUGAGGAUCUCAGGUCAAAGACUGUGACGCCCCAGAAGCUUGACCUGAUUCGUAUUCAGAUCUCAGAGGAGCUCGAGCGCGGCUAUCGGGAGAAGUUCCAGCGCCAGGAUAUGGAGGUGGAAGAGCUGCGAACAACGUGCAACAAGCUGAAACACGAACUCUUCUUUCUGAAGUCUGAGUAUGAGCAUGAGCAGAAUGAGAACAGGCAGAUUGUGGGCGAGCUGAAGCUGCAGCAUGACGCGGAGGUUGAAAACCUAAGGAAGGAGCGGGAUGCGACGAUUGUAAAGAUUCAGACUGAAGGUUCCCAGGAUUCACAGCGGGUACGUCUGCUACAGCGGGAAAACGCGCAGUUGCACCUGAAGAUCAAAGGUCUAAUGACAGAGAUGGACGAAGUACGGGCACAGCGGGAAAAGAUUGGCUCAGAGUCUGAGAGUCUCGUCAGAAUUCAGGGGAAGCAAAUCUCAGAGCAUCAGUCCACAAUUAAGUCUUUGGAGGCUGAACGUGAAUCUCUACGUCGCCAGGUUGAGUCGCUGUCUCGGGACGUGGCGAGCACAGGGGACGUACACAACAAGCUGUCUGUGCGUAUACAUGAGCUGGAGAAGGAGAACAUGGUGUACCGUAACCGCGUGGAGGAGACAUCGCACAAGAGCAAGGUGGACCUCACCAACCUGAAGAUGGAGAUGCUGAAACAGCGCGGAGAGCUGGAGAGGGAGAGAGACAAACUGUCUAACAUGGUCGAUGAUCUGCAGGUGAAGCUGGACAUCUCGAAGCAUGCGAUACAGCAGCAGGACCAGGCCCUGGUGGACAAGGAGAGGGACUGUGUGCGCCGGGUACAGGCGGCCAGGGAGGAGGAGUUCCACAAGUACGCAAAGGUUGAGAACGAAAAACUGGAGCUGGAGACGCGUAUCCAAGAGACAGAGCGACGUAAGAUAGAUGAGGAGGCACAUCGCCAGGCUGAGAGAGACAAGAUGGACGAGCGCAUACAGGCCGCCAUGGACGCCAGAGACAGUGCUGACAAAGAACUUCUAGUCAUACAGUCCAAACUGUCUCAUCAACAAGCUUUAUUGGAUCAGCUGGAAAGAGAGCGGACAGAAAACUCAGAACUGAAAAUUAAAGUCACAAAACUAGAAACUGAACUCAGCAGUUACCUAGGAAAUGAACACGAUAUGACAGACGACAAUAUACGACUGCGGAACCAGGUGGAGCUGUUCCGUGAGGAGUUACGGCUGACGAAGGAGCAAUAUCACAAGGCCCAUGAUAAUCAUGAGAUGAUCUUGGCGCAGUCCAAGUCUGCGCUAGUGGAUGAAAAAACGCGUCUAGAAUUGAGGGUUCAAGAGCUAGAGGACAAACUGGCAGAUGCAACAAAAAAAUAUGCAAAGGCUGUAUCAGUGUAUAAAAAGUACAAGUCUCGUAGCAGCCAUGUGAUUGAGAACCUCAAAUACAAGGCUCAGAUUCUGGAGGCAAAAAGGGAGGAAGUGGAGCUGGAGAAGAAAGCACUGCAGUCAUGUGUUCCUCAGGACACUUACAACACCCUGAAGAAGCAGUUGAAGGACCUGCACCGUCGCCAUGUGGAGUUCAAGCGCGUCAUCCUCUCGCAGGGCGUGCAGCAGGUCAACAUCGGGGACAUGUCCUUCGCCUCCAUCAACAUGGACGCCUCCUUCCUGCCCAACUACAGCUUUGCUGAACAGAUAAGAGUCAGAGCAGGUGAACGUAAACAUCAAGAAGACCUGAAGUUGCUACGGCAACGGCUAAACCUCCUUGAUGACAACCAGCAACAACAACUAGAGGAAUUUCAGGAGAUAGCGCACAGCACGCUACGAAGUACGUACAGGGAUGAUUAUCUAGGGGCCAGCCAAGAGAAAAUAGACAUCGAGAAACCUACCUCACCGUUGCCUUCCUAGCGGCAUGAGCUAAACCUUCACCACUCAGAUACACACUUUCAGGAGUUUGUAGUCCCUUAAAUAUUCAAAUUAAAUCUCAGACCUUUAAAAAAAAUAGAUUAAAGUUUAAAAAGGGUAACUGGGUUCAUCCCCAACCAUACAAUAUAUGGGCAGCAAACACCAUAAAACCUGAACAGACUGUGAGCUACAUUCAGGCUGUUCUGGUUUUAUGCUGUUGCAUAUAGCCAUUUUCUUUUUGCUUCUGAUUGGUAAAGGGCUGAUCUAUAAUGGUGCAUAUCUACAUACUUAUGUGCCUUUCAUUGAGUUUUAUAUAUAUAUAUAUAUAUAUAUAUAUAUAUAUAUAUAUAUAUAUAUAUAUAUAUAUAUAUAUAUAUAUAUAUAUAUAUAUAUAUAUAUAUAUAUAUAUAUAUACAAGUACCAUUUUUGGUAUGUGCUAUGUUACUGCAAGGGAAAUAAUGCUUAUGUUUGUUUGCAAUUAGUAGAACAUUUAAUAGUCAUUAUUUUAUGGUUUGAAACACUGAAGGUAAAGACAUUUUAUCUAAAAAGAUGCCAAAUGCAAUGUAGGCACAGUAAUAAAUACAUUACAUGUUAUCCUUAUCUGAUAUCAAUAAUAUAUAUUUAUAUCAAACUUAAGCUGCUAUUAUAUAGUUCUGGCAUCCAUUAUUUUGAAUGCAUGCUAGUGGCUCCUGUAAAUGCAUUAGGGUCAGACGGAAAUUCUUCAUAAAUUAUCUUAUGUAUUUUAUAAUUAAACUAUUUAGGUCCUUUGUAGGUCAAUGUGUUAUUUAUCCAGUAUCAAGAUAUUUUGUUGAAAGGUUGUAAAGAUAUAGAACGUUUAAUCAAUUGAUUUCUUUAUGCACUAGUGAGUUUUGGGAACAUAAGUCUUUUUUAUGUUUUUUCUAAAAUACCACGAAACAUAAUAUAAACCAGUAUGACAUCUUUCAACAUGUUUGCUUUAUUAUACAUUUUGUUUUGAAGAAAUUUUAAAUUUGUUAUUGCCUUAUGCCAUAUCAUCAACCUUGUAGCCUGUUCCUGUGGAUAAAGCAGAUAAACCUUUGAUUAUGUGCUUCUGGUGAUUGUAAAUAGCAUGUAGUCUGGACUUGGAGAUAUUUAUACUAUACUAGUAGACUGUGAUAUCUUUGUGUUGUGAAAUUAAUGUCCCAUGAACAGGGUUCGUACACAUAUUGUAUUGUGAACUUGAUCAUUUGUUCUUUUCUGAUUUGAAUUCGUCUUGUUUACUGCCUCAAGUAAAGACAGGAACCUCUCAUGUGUUCCAUAACAUAAUGAUCUUUACAAAAAUGGCAUGCAUGUUAAUAAAGUGAAAAUCAAUUGCGUGUGAGUGAAAUGUAUUUCAAAUAGUCGAAAAUUCACAUUUUUACAAAUUGCAUGCAAAAAAUACUACAUUAAAGGAACAAUUGUUAAGCAGUAAAGUUACUUACUACAUAUUCUGUAUUUUCGUAAGCCAUUGAUAGAUGAUUGAUAUUAAUGUAUGUUUUGUUUUAUUUGUUCUUGGUCAGUGUAAUAUGUUCUGUUUAUCUAUCAAUAAAUGUUAUAUGUUA